GACUUGACGCCGAUUGGGUUCUUCGAGUGAAAAGUGUUGCUGUGCAAAAUCUAGCAAGAAACCUAGCAGGAGAUCUACCAGUCCAAAUAAGGAGUUCGUGUCUCGGAGCCACAGGACCUUCGCUGUUGUCGUUAGGCUACGAUCUGCUAAGAUGACAGAGCUAAGGCACCGUGGAGCCAGAGACACCGACCCAGCGUUACAAGAGCAGCCGUCAGAGGACAAGGGUUCAGACAGUGAGCUGAAGGUGGAAAAAGAUGGUGUGUCAGACAGCGAGUCCAAGGUGGACUCGGGGGUCCCAGAGGUGCCGGUCACUUCUGAUGACACCCCCGUGGUACUAAACAAGGCCUUGUCUGGACUCUCCUCAAGAUGGAAGAACUGGUGGGUACGAGGUAUCCUCACACUAGCUAUGAUCUCCUUCUUCUUCAUCAUCAUCUACCUGGGCCCCAUGGUGCUUAUGAUGAUUGUCCUCUGUGUUCAGAUCAAGUGCUUCCAGGAAAUCAUCACCAUCGGUUACAGUGUGUACCACUCCUACCACCUACCCUGGUUCAGGACGUUGAGCUGGUACUUCCUGCUGUGUGUGAACUACUUCUUCUAUGGUGAAACUGUGACAGAUUACUUCUUCUCACUGGUGCAAAGGGAGGAGCCGCUUCGCAUCCUCAGCAAAUACCAUCGCUUUAUCUCCUUUGCCCUCUACCUCACAGGUUUCUGCAUGUUUGUGCUGAGUUUGGUGAAGAAGCACUACCGGCUUCAGUUCUACAUGUUUGGUUGGACCCAUGUGACUCUGCUGAUUGUGGUGACUCAGUCUCACCUUAUCAUUCACAACCUGUUCGAGGGGAUGAUCUGGUUCAUUGUGCCAAUUUCCUGUGUGAUCUGCAAUGACAUUAUGGCCUACAUGUUUGGCUUCUUCUUCGGCCGCACCCCUCUCAUCAAGCUGUCACCUAAGAAGACAUGGGAGGGAUUCAUCGGUGGAUUGUUCUCCACCAUCGUGUUUGGCAUCAUGCUCUCCUACGUGAUGGCCGGCUGGCGCUACUUUGUGUGUCCAGUGGAAUUCAACAACGACUCCAACAGUUUCCAGGUGGACUGUGAGCCAUCAGAUCUUUUCCAGCUCCAGGACUACGCCUUGCCCAGCAUCCUGGAGUCUGUCACUGGAUGGACCACAGUGCGUCUCUAUCCGUUCCAGAUCCAUAGCAUUGCUCUCUCCUCCUUUGCCUCCAUUGUGGGACCUUUCGGUGGCUUCUUUGCCAGCGGCUUCAAGAGAGCCUUCAAGAUCAAGGAUUUUGCCAACACUAUCCCGGGUCAUGGUGGCAUUAUGGACAGAUUUGACUGCCAGUACCUCAUGGCCACAUUUGUUAAUGUGUACAUUGCUAGCUUCAUCAGGGGCCCCAACCCCAGCAAGGUGAUCCAGCAGCUCCUGGCCCUCCGUGUCGAUCAGCAGCUCCACAUCUUCAAUUCCCUGAAGGCUCACCUGACAGAGAAGGGCCUGCUGCCAGCGCUGGAGGAGGCCGCCGCCUAGAGCCACCCGCACCGGCUCGCCCUGAGAGGGAGACCAGAGAGGAGGGCAGCACCCGAGGGCCCCGCGUAGCCCCAAAGCUCUGGGAGACUCGUGGUGCUUUGUGUGAGCGAGAAAAACAAAAUGAACAACAACAACAACAAAAAACUACAGCCAUGGGUCAUUCCAUUUCUUCUGGGUGUGAGGGUGGAGCACGUUUGUGUCCAUAAUCAUGUGAAUCAUGUUUCUGACACCAGUGUUUUCAGGUUGUGUUAGUAAAUUACUGUACUGUCACACAUUUCCAUUAUAGCCAACAUGUAUCUAUUCACACUGUUUGACAAAAUGUUGGUCAGCUGUACAUUUCUACCCGUUUACAGGAUAUCCUCUAUAUACCUAUUAAUGUGUUAUAUUUUAUUGAAAUGUUUGUUUUGUUUUAAUGCACUGCUCUCAGCCCUGUUAUCACUGUAUUGUAAUCCAGCUGCACCCCCUCGCCAAAUUUAAGUUUUAAUUUUCUUUGUUGUGAUUGUUUCUAUUUAUACAUAGAUGGUUUUUAUAUUUGGUAUGUUCUACUAUAUCUUAAUGUUGUGUCUGUUUUUUUUUAAAUUCAGACUGAAUUCACCUUGCCAUCUGCCAUGUGCAUUUAUGUGUGUGUGUGUGUGUGUGUGUGUGUCUUUUUCCCAUGUUUUCACUGCCAGUGAUCAUUUCAAAGCCUCUCUUGAUCAGCCAAAUCACUGAAAGCAUGUCCUAAGAUGAGUGGUUAACUUUCCCUGAAGUGUUUUAUGGGAUCAGUGCAUUUUCCAAAUCAGAAUCCAGUCUGAAAGUUGGUAAUUCCCAAAUUGUCUGCUGGGUAUGUGCCGUAAGAGCAGUUAGCAAUGCUCCAUACAAUUUUUUUAAAAAAAAAAUUAGGAAUCAAAAGAUAUCUCUGGAGGCCAGGGCGACAGAUACCAGCACCUUUAAUUGACCAAUUCUGUGUUAAUAUUUUUUUUUAUCUCUAACAAGGAGCUGUUUGUUUUGUGUUUUACACAUGUUCAGUAUGGUGGUGGGAUUGUUGCAGUUUGGCUUCUGUUUGUGACAUUGUUGGUUUGGGACAGUACAAGUGAGGCACAAAUGUGGUUCUUACACUGCCAGUACCUGCUUCUGUGUGUUGGACUUUGCCGUGGUCACAGCUUUGGGGCAGAAACCGACAAUAUGACUAUUACUGGUUAACUUUACGUGUCUGUGUAUGUGUGUCAGUGUGUGUCAGUGUGUGUCAGUGUGAGUCAGUGUGAGUCAGAUCGUCAGAUCUCGUGCAUCUGAUGGUCAGGUUGGAGUUUACCAACAGAGUCUGUUACUGAAUACACAGCAGUCAGUGUUCAAGAGGUUUUACAGUAGGAUUCUGGGAGUUUUAUGCAGCUGACAAAUGUUUGUUUCAUUUGGUGGUAAAAUAUAAAAGCUCAAGAGUCUCCAGUGUUGAGUUCAUUUCUGUUUUGUUUUUUUUAAGCGUAAAUGAAUUAACUGAAGCUUUGUUCAGUCUGAGACAAUAGAAUCCUUGAUUAUGUCAUAGUGAUGUUAUCAGAGUUAUUUUGGAUUGAUCUUGGAGGCUUUAAAUUGUAACAGAAAGCCUGUGUUACAAAUUAUGUAACGUGAUUGUGUUGCAUUAUGGGAAAUGUAGGGUAAGGCACUAGAAGGCAGGAUAUCUCUGACUCUGAUGCAUCUGUUUUGAUCAUUCUUUUAGUCUGUCUCCCAAAUUGAGUCCCCCAAAUUGAUGGAGUACUAUAAACUUUAAAACGACUAACACAGUCUGCUUUGUUUAUUUUAAAUAAGGAAGUUUGAUUGGAAGUUUAUUUUCCCCCAUACUUUUUUGAAAAUAUUUUGAUAUUACAUCUGAUCCAUUGCCUCCAUUUAAACUCAUACUGACUGAUGACUAACACUGACUAAUGGUAUAUUCAGUGUAUGUAGGUCCAACUCUGGUUAGACAAAGGUUAGGCUGGAAUCAGCCUAUCAUACUCAUUAAUCAACCAGGCACCCCAGUCUGUCCAUUAUGAUCACAUUCAUCAUUUUGUUUCUAUCCAAUCAGAGAAUAGAAUUGAUUCUUGUCAGUGAAAGCCAAAUGAACUCUGGACGUUGAGUGUAGGUGUUAAUGUAACCCAGGCACAACUAUUUCUGUACCCGGUGUUAUUUGACAAAUCAGCAAUAUGAACAUUCAUACAGUAGUCAGUGUAGCAGGGGUGUGGAGCUCAGAGUCUAGGUGUCUAUAUAUGGUAAUCUCAUUAUUCAUCCCUUAAAUGUCCUCUCCUCGGGGUCUCUCCUCAAAAAUCUAAAUAUAUUUUUGAGCAAAUUGUUUUUUUUUGUAACCCAAAAUUAGGUUUUGCUUCAUUAUGGUAAUCAGUUUGUAAGAGAUGACUUCAGUAUUUUUUUCAGAUGGAAGGAACCGCUGUGUAAACCAAGUAUGGCUUUAGGUGUUUUGCUCCAUAUUUGAAUGUCACCCCAUUCAGUUUGAUUUGUCAUUUCAUCUGUUUUAUUUACUGUGAGCAAAUCAAACCUUUUCAAAGUUACUAUAUUGUACAUUUAAAAAGAUGUUGAGUGUUCUUUAGUAUUUUUGGUUAGAGGAAUAUUUAAGGCAUUAAUGCCAUAUAGGAGAGAUUAUUGAGAUAGCAGGAAAGUAUUUUUUCUCUGUCUGUUCUUGCUGUGGCUUUAGUGCAGUUGGGUGUUUUCUAGGCUCUUUCCCUGGUAGCUUUUGUGUGUCAACUUCUGUGUUGCAGUGCAAGUUGAAUCAACGUAGAUACUCGUAGCACUGUGUUACGUUGUCUCCCUUUGAGUAGACGGGAAGUUUCCGGGAAAGUAACGUGGUGACUGGUGAAUCAGCAUUCGUAGAUAUCUUGUCUUUCCUGAGCUUUAUCGCCCCUGUGGUGGUUUAAUGUUGGAGUUUUAGCCCUGCAGCUCUGUACUGCCAUUUCUCUGUCGAGUGUUACAGACAGCCACUAGAGAGAGCUGGAGCUCCUGUGGUCUGUGGCGUGAUGCUGCAUCUGAGCAGAAAGGUUUGACCCUUUUGUCACUGCAGUUUGAUACAUUCCACUUCCCCCACAGUUAAGCCCACAUGGAGGCUAUUAGGGGUAAAUCAUACUACUACUGAUUAUUAUUUUUGUUAGUUUGUUUCAUGGCACCCCAGGAAACACCUUGGUGCCAUUUUUUAAUCAACACAGUGCCACUUUGCUUUUGUGAAUCCUACCCAGGACCCUCUAAAAGGAAUGUAGGGAGUUGUGACUGCCCCCACAUACUGUAGGCUCCCCUUUGUGGACAUUUCAUUUAU